UAGGUCAAUCAGGGAACACAUGUUCAUACAGUUAUCGUGACUGGGCGCCUCCCACCCAGCAAUUCGAUUUUUGUGUCUGGACCCAAGUGUCACCUCACUUGUAUCACUGGACAUUCUGCAGAUCUGUUUGCGGUCACUUCGAACCAUGUCUCAAAAACAGAUAGUGGAAGCAGUGGACGACGGCGGUGACACACUCAAGUUCCUAAGUGACAACGGCUUCUUCAUACCCAACUUCCCUGAUGGAACCGGCAUCGACGGUGUACGUUCAGUGAAAAUACGCGACGAUGACAUCCUCAUGUGCACGUAUCCUAAAUCAGGAACCCACUGGGUAUUUGAAAGAACAAGAGAGCUCCUCGCAGGGGAGAUAAUCGACGAUCACAUCACAAAAGUCGAAGCCUUCAUGGAAAUGGUGCCAGAGGAGAAGUAUACCGACCUCCCGUCUCCAAGGAUCCUCAACACUCAUUUGCUGAUGAAACAUCUGUCCGAUGACGUUCGUAAAAAGAAAAUAAAAGUCAUCACUGUUCUAAGAAAUCCAAAAGAUGUAGCUGUUUCCUAUUAUAACUUCUUGAGAACGAUUCCGGGUUUCAACUACAAAGGCGAGUGGAAGAACUAUGUGCGACCCUACUUUCAGGGAAAGUUUAUGUAUGGAUCCUGGAUAGACUAUGUUCUCGACUGGGAGCAGGUGAAAAAAGACAAUCCUGAUCUGCCUGUGCUGACUCUCUUCUACGAAGACAUUAAGGAGGAUCAGAUGCGAGAGAUGAGGAGGAUUUGUGAGUUCCUGGAUGUAAAGAGGACGGAUGACUUCCUGUCCAAAGUCUGCAACAACACAACAAUAGCAGCCAUGAGGACUCUCAAGGAGGACGUUAGUGGAGCUAAAGUGUUUAGAAAAGGUGGAGUUGGUGACUGGAAGAACUGGUUCACUGUCGCCCAGAAUGAGUGGUUUGAUCAGGUCUACCAGGAAAGGAUGUCCGACUGCCCCCUUCAGUUUAAAUACACACUGUGAUUUACUAACACUGUACUUUAGUUCAACCUACGAUCAUAGCUUAUAGGAACACCAUCAGGAUUGUGCACCUUAAACGUCUGUGCCAGCAGUACCAUUAUACUGAUUCUACUCCAAGUCCAAUAAUAUGAGGCGGAAUGUGUGACUUGAUCUUUGCAUCAUUGUGACACAAAAUAACAGAUGUGUCCGUGAUCUUUGCUGCACCAACCUAAAUAUGUAGGAGAGCUUUUCAGCCACUUUUAACAAUAAAGUAUACCGUGAUGGAAACAUCCUGGACAUCACUACUGUAUUACAUUUCAUUACUUGAUUAUCUUUACAUGCAGAAUGAAUUGGUUUUAGCAAUGCUUGCAACAUCUUCGUAAAAUCCAUGUCGAUAUUUCAGACAAACCUGAAGCCUCAGCUGGGACAAACUGGAAGUAAAGUAUACUCUUCAAAAAGAAA